AGCUAGAGUCAUUGUGACCCGUGAUGUUAGUACACUUGAGAUGCCGACAUCAAGCACGAGUUCAUCAGCUGAGCAGUCGUGUCAUUUUGUCUACCUACAAUCAUAGCGUGCAAAAAACGGACUGCCCAAAGCGAUCGUUCCUCAAAGUAUUUUAAACGUUGCACGUACACACCUUCAUUUAUUCCUGAUCACUACAUACUAGUAUCAGGAAACACUAAUGUUUCAUCACUGUGGCCGAUGCAGCAGCCCAGACUGUUCGGAUCAAACGCGUUACGAUCAAUUGCAUUUCUUCCGAGUAGAUGAUCAGCAGCAUGAGAAUGGUGACUGUGGCACAAAUAGCAACAGCGGCAAAGUGCGAAAUCUGCUUGUUCAUUGUCAGUCUACCCGAAAAAUAAGCACAGACGACCCUGCAUCUUUCACACCACAUUAUAAAAGAUACUAUGACGAACUAUAUGGAAAAUUCGUGGACAGUGUGGACAUGCAAAAAGUGCCAUCCACAUUUGGGUCACUGUUUACCAUAAAUGAGGUGAAAGGACUUGACAGUGUUCAACAAAGUCUCAACAAUUGCAAGUAUUCCUCAUUACUCCUGGAGGAGCAUAGGGCCGCAAUAACACCUUGCCAGUGGACCUGGUCUUGGACAGCCCCAAAACCAUGUUGGGCCCAUGAGGUGUUGCAAUGGAAACUGUUGCCUGAAGGAUGCAAAGAAAAAAAAUUAUUUCAAGGCCAGACUGAAUCUAGUUCACAGGCUAAAGAUGACAAGCACUUACAAGCUGAGAGUUUAGACCAGAAGGCAUCUAAAUAUUGUGGUCAUCAAUCCAGUCAUGCAUCACAUCACCUGUUGGAAUGCCAAACACCAGUAACUCAGAUGGCCUCAUGCAGUGGGAAGAGGAAGAUUCCCUGUCAAGAAUUAGACACAGAGGAGCAAGUCUGUGAAAGGGAAGAAAGGCCAUCUCAGCAGAACUUUUUCAGAACAGCCAGAGAGCAAUAUAUUACGGAUAUCAUGAAAAACUCUGGGCAAGACCAGGGGACUUUAGCUUGUUCCUACAGACAGGGAAAGAAGUCACUAGGGACAAGGAGGGGUCCAAAUAAUAGAUUCAUUCCACCUGUUAUGGGAAGAGGCAUGGAGAGCACUGGUGGUGUUCUUCAGAGAGAUAACCAGUGUCCUGUUGCUGAGAUGGAACCUGAUGACAGACUGAAAAGCAUUGACCCGAAGAUAAUACAGCUUAUUAAGAAUGAGAUAAUGGAUCACAAGCCGCACAUGAACUGGGAGGACAUUGCUGGCCUCAGCUAUGCUAAGAAAACAAUAAAAGAAAUUGUUGUUUGGCCUUUGUUGCGUCCAGACAUCUUCACAGGAUUAAGAGGACCCCCUAAAGGACUGUUACUCUUUGGACCACCAGGCACAGGGAAAACCUUAAUAGGAAAGUGCAUCGCCAGCCAGUCCAAGUCAACUUUCUUCUGUAUCAGCGCCUCAUCAUUGACAUCCAAGUGGGUUGGAGAAGGAGAGAAAAUGGUUCGAGGACUGUUUCAAGUAGCUCGGUGCUACCAGCCAGCAGUCAUCUUCAUUGAUGAAGUGGAUUCCUUGCUGUCUCAGCGAUGUGAUGGGGAGCAUGAGGCAUCACGUCGCAUCAAGACAGAAUUUCUAGUUCAACUGGAUGGUGCUGCUACUCAAGCGGAAGAGCGACUUCUGAUUAUUGGAGCUACCAACAGACCACAGGAGAUAGAUGAGGCUGCAAGGCGUCGCUUUGUGAAGCGCCUGUAUAUCCCUCUUCCUGACAGUGAAGCCAGGCAGCACAUUGUCAGCAGAUUGAUGGCAGAACAGAACUGUCAGCUGACUGAGUGGGACUUUAUCUCUAUCAGUCAGCAAACUGAAGGUUUCUCAGGUGCAGACAUGGCCAAUCUUUGUCGGGAGGCAGCCUUGGGACCUAUCAGAAGUAUACCUUUUGAGCAGAUGGAGACUAUUUGUGCAAGCCAGGUGCCCCCAAUCACUAUGAGUGAUUUUGCAUCAGCUCUGCUCCAUGUACGACCAAGUGUCUCUGUCAGCGAUCUUGAUGUCUACAUCAGGUGGAACAACAGUUUUGGGAGUGCCGGAUAACUGUUUUAGUAUCUGUAUUAGCACAUUAUUUACAUUAGUCCACAGUAUUCACGUCUGGUAACUUUAGCCAACAGAUUUUGGUUACUAUUAAGCAACAUUAACAAAUGAGCUGUUGGCGUAUUCAUGUAAGGUAAUGUCAAGGUUUCUCACUGAUAUUCUAGUAGGGCAGUGUGAAGGUUUCUCACCGAUAUUUCACUCCUUAAUCACUUUCUGUCACUGUGUUCAAUAAAUGACAAAGCAAAUCUGAA